CCCUCCUCCUGACCAGAGCAUGGCUUGCCUCAGGCCUGGGACUUUGGCCCAAGGACGAGGAGAUCCAUAAAACCAGGCCCAGUUCUCAACCUCACAUCUGCCACAAUGCUGCUGCUCAGCCUGACCCUUAGCCUGGGCCUCCUUGGCUCCUCCUGGGGCUGCGGCAUUCCUGCCAUCAAGCCGGUACUGAGCUUCAGCCAGAGGAUUGUCAACGGGGAGAAUGCAGUGCCAGGCUCCUGGCCCUGGCAGGUGUCCCUGCAGGAUAGCAGUGGCUUCCACUUUUGCGGUGGUUCCCUCAUCAGCCAGUCCUGGGUGGUCACUGCUGCCCAUUGCAAAGUCAUCCCUGGCCGCCACUUUGUUGUCCUGGGCGAAUAUGACCGAUCAUCCAAUGCUGAGCCUUUGCAGGUUCUGUCCAUCUCAAAGGCCAUCACGCACCCUUUCUGGAACCCUACCACCCUAAACAAUGACCUGACACUACUGAAGCUCGCCUCCCCGGCCCAGUACACAAAACGAAUCACACCAGUCUGCCUGGCUUCUCCAAAUGAGGCACUGCCUGCAGGCCUCACAUGUGCCACCACUGGCUGGGGACGCCUCAGCGGCGUGGGCAAUGUGACCCCAGCACGCUUGCAGCAGGUGGCUUUGCCCCUGGUCACUGUGAGUCAGUGCAGGCAGUACUGGGGCUCACGUAUCACUGACUCCAUGAUCUGUGCAGGCGGCUCAGGGGCCUCCUCGUGCCAGGGAGACUCUGGAGGGCCUCUUGUCUGCCAGAAAGGGAACACGUGGGUGCUUAUUGGCGUUGUCUCCUGGGGCACCAGCAACUGCAACGUGCACAAGCCUGCCAUAUACACUCGGGUUAGCAAGUUCAGCACCUGGAUCAACCAGAUCAUAGCCUACAACUGAGACUACCACAGGCCCUCUCCCCAUCUCAAUCCAAUAAAGACGCCAUGCUCUGUC